AUGGCGUGGACGUUGGUCACGCCGUCCUCGAGAGGUAUCGGCUUCGCGUUGACGCGCCAUCUAGUGCGGACGCUUCCUCCAACAGUCCCGAUUGUCGCAACAGUACGAUCAGACCUACCGGGGGUCAAGGAGAACCUGCUUGCAUCACUUGAGCUGUCACCAGAACAAGCAGCCAGGCUGGAUGUUCGAGAGUGUGACGUCCUGUCCGAACCGUCCAUCGAGCAGCUGGCAGGAUAUUGCAGAGAUCGAUAUAAUGACAGAUCCAGGGACAAAAACGCGCACUUGCGCUUGGGAUUCAUGAUUCCUGGCAUGUUGGUCCCCGAGAAGGCACCGGACAAGAUAGAGUACGAGUCGGCUUUGAACACACUGAAGCUCAACCUCCUGGCACCCAUGAUGCUCGUGAAGCAUUUCGCCGGCUUCCUACCACGAAAACCAACAUCCCUUGAGCCAGAGGAGGGUCUUCCCGAUCCGGCUGUACUGGCAUUGAUGAGUGCCCGGGUCGGCUCCAUAGGCGACAACCGCUUAGGUGGAUGGUACAGCUAUCGUGCGUCAAAGGCAGGCUUGGGCCAGCUCGUCAAGUGCACCGAUAUCUUCCUGAAGAUGAAGAAUGGUCCCAAAGCAACGUGCAUCGGGCUCCAUCCGGGGACGGUCAAAACUAGCCUGAGUAAGGAAUUUUGGGAAAGCACACCCAAGGAAAAGCUAUUCAGUCCCGAGUUCGCCGCGGAAAGGUUGCUCAGGGUCGUCAAAGGACUCGAAGAAAGCGGUGGGGGAAGGUGUUGGGACUGGCAAGGCAAAGAGAUUCCUCCAUGA